UUUCAGUUAAUAAUGUCGAAAGGAAUCCUACUGGGUGAAAAAUUUCCAGAUUUUCAAGCGGAGACCAGUGAAAGCUUCAUUUCGAGUUUCCAUGAUUGGAUUGGCGAAAACAGCUGGGCAAUACUGUUUUCUCAUCCACGAGAUUUCACUCCAGUUUGCACUACGGAACUUGCUAGGCUAGUCCAACUAGCGCCUGAAUUCAAAAAACGGAAUGUGAAGCUGAUUGGCUUGAGUUGUGACUCGGCACAAUCGCACCGUGAGUGGGCUGAUGAUAUCAUCGCAUUAUGCAAAAUGAAGUUUGGUGAUUGUGGUGCUUGUAGCUCAGGAAACAAAUUACCGUUUCCGAUAAUAGCAGAUGAGAAUCGUUCUCUAGCCACCAAACUGGGAAUGAUGGAUCCGGACGAACGUGAUGAAAAGGGUGCUGCGCUAACCGCACGCUGUCUAUUCAUAAUUGGACCUGAGAAAACGUUGAAACUUUCCAUCUUAUACCCUGCAACAACGGGACGAAAUUUCGAUGAAAUCUUGCGUGUUGUUGAUUCGCUUCAACUUACAGCAGUUAAACUAGUAGCGACACCAGUCGACUGGAAAAGUGGUGAUGAAUGUGUCGUGAUACCAACGAUUGAUGACAACGAGGCAAAGAAGUUGUUUGGUGGGACGAUAAACACUGUCGAACUGCCAUCUGGGAAACAUUACCUUCGCAUGGUUCCUCAUCCAAAAUAAGACGACACUUUGCUGUGUUCCCCAUUGUCAUUAAAAAAUUAAGCUCGCAGUUCACAUAUUUUUCAAUAAACGUUGUCCAAAUUAUGUUUGCCUGGGUUUUCAGCACACUGUUAUUGUUACUAUAGUAUAACAUGUCUGUU